UGCAGUUGAUGGAGGUCUUUAUCUGAGUUUUGGGAUCUAAAGCCUGUUCAGGUACGAUUCAGAAAAUGGCUUUGAGUUCUACAGGAGUCACUUUUCAGCCUAAGGUAUGCACAUCUGCACCUCCCCCACCCCACCUAAAACGCAAGCAACUAAUGUGGCAGAAUGCGGUACGUCACAUCAUCGACCAACGAGGAAUGCACCACGAGGGACGAGUGGCCAAUUCUCACAAAAUCAUUGUUACUGAUGCCUACAUCGAUGACAUCAACAGGCAGAUUCGUAACAAAGCUGCACGGAGCAAUGCUGGCAUGCACAAGCGGCGCUCCUCUGCGGCCCGCAUCCACCCAGUGCGAGACCGCAACUCCACCUCCACUCGAAAGUCCGACGACUCGCUCAGUGACGCAGACUUCUUUGUGAGCUGGGGCUCCACGGUGCGUGGAGUCUUCCUUCCUGCUCUCCAACACAAGUUCAAAUCACAUGAUCUCGAGCGUCUGUACCAGCAUCAUUCAUCUGGUCAGCGCCGAACUUCCCUUGUAGUCACUAAUGUCAUCGAUAUCCUUACCAAACUCCAUAUUCUCUUCAUAUACCUGGCAGUGGCCCCUGAGAUGGUUGACCUUCAACAAGGAUGGUUGGCUGGGCUCUUCAUGGCACUUGGAGCAGUCAUAUGCGUCUUAGUUCUAACCUAUAAAGGAUUGAUGUGUCCAGAUUACCUGCGCUAUGCUGGGCUGGCGAGUUGGCUGUCCCAGACUGUUCAGGCACUGGGUAGUUUGGUAUUUGGAUUGGAGAAGGACCAGUCCUGGCAUGUGCUCUUCACCCUGUUCGCCACCUACACGCUAUUGCCUCUACCUCUUCUGUGGUCCAUCUGCACAGGGUUCCUCACCGCUGCCUUGCACCUUUUGGUGGAUGCCCUCAGGAACUACAAUGACACGGCCAUUGUAAGAAAGUUACUAGCGAAAGGUCUGUUGUACAUGGGUAUGAAUACGGCAGGACUGUUCAUCCACUACUUAUCGGAUCGUGCACAAAGACAGGCGUUCCUUGAGACGCGACGUUGCAUUGAAGGACGAGUCAAGAUGGAGCAAGAGAACAAGAGACAGGAACGCUUGGUGAUGUCCAUUCUUCCUCGGUUUAUUGCUAUGGAGAUGAUUGGUGAUAUGACUUCUAUGGAUGAUGAAUUACUUCCUCAACAGUUCCAUAAGACCUACAUUCAUCAAUACAAAGACGUCAGUAUCCUGUUUGCUGAUAUAAAAGGCUUCACCUCUCUCUCCAUGACCAUGUCGGCUCAGGAAUUGGUGCGCACACUCAAUGAGCUGUUCGGCCGCUUUGAUCGCCUUGCUGAGGAGAAUCAUUGCAUGAGGAUAAAGAUUCUUGGAGAUUGUUACUACUGUGUGUCUGGGGUCCCAGAGCCCCAAACCGCACAUGCUCGCUGCUGUGUGGAGCUGGGUCUGGCCAUGAUAAACACUAUACGUUAUGUACGUAAGGAGCUGAAGAGAGAUGUGGACAUGCGUAUCGGGAUCCACUCCGGUUCGGUUCUGUGUGGGGUUUUGGGUCUGCAGAAAUGGCAGUUUGAUGUGUGGUCUUGGGACGUAGACGUUGCCAACAUGCUAGAGGCUGGAGGAGUCCCAGGGAGGAUUCAUAUAUCACAAGCAACCUUGGACUGUCUAGAGGGUGUAUAUGAGACAGAAGAAGGUCGAGGCCAUGAACGGAAUGAGUUUUUACGCAAACACAAGGUCGACACUUUUCUGAUCCGCCAAACCCCACAGGAAGACAAGGAGCCUCCUAAAGUCCGGCAAACCAGCAAAGAUGAAACUACAUGGAGUGCUGAGCUUCCUUUUGAUAACAUCAUUGGAAUGAACUGCAUCUUAGCCACUUUCACCAAUGGCUCCCUAGUGCAGUUGCCCAAUCAGAUUAUUUCCCAUUGUGCCGGGUCUCGAGAAAUCAACAAGAGAAUCAAGCAGGCCAUCGAGGUGCGCAGUAGUGAGCGAAUGCGCAAGGAACACAUCACACCCUUCACAUUGGUCUUCAAAGAUGCACACAUCGAGGGAAAGUUUUCUCAGAUGCGAGAUGAGAUGUUUAAGUCCAACUUGGCCUGCUCUUUCCUCAUGCUCCUCUUCAUCAUGGCUGUUCAGGCCCUCAUCCCCUCACCUCAAAUCUGUCCUAUGGUAAUCCAGUUUUUAGUAUUCCUCUUUGUCUACAUGCUACUGCUUCUGGUCACACUGGCUGAGGAGUUUAAGCGCUGCCCACCAUACUUACAGCAUCUCUGUUGUUGGAUCCACGAGACCAAGAGCAUCCGUAACCUGCUCACCCUCGUCGCUAUUACUAUUAACUUUGGUGUGGCCUCCUGUGAUAUUUUGUGGUGUAACACAGUUGGAGAGGAUGAGGAAACUAACAAGACCUCCAAACAAGGCUCACAGUGGACUGUGAACAUCUGCACCCAUCCUGAGUUCUUCGUUUUUAGUGGUGUGUUGGCCAUGGUGACGUGUGCCGUGUUCCUCAGACUCAGCUGUCUGUUGAAGCUGGCAGUGCUGAUGUUAGUCAUUGCAGUUUACACAUACCUCAUUGAGGUAGCCUUCCAUGUGCUCUUUAUCCGCCAACACCAAAACGGCCAAAUUCAGAGAUCUCAGUACCUCAGACGCAAAGGCAUUUCUGUGUUGCUAAUGGCCAUGUUUGUUGUGGUCGUCCUUUACAACAGUAGACAGUUAGAAACUACAGCCAGGCUUGACUUCCUGUGGCGUCUGCAGGCCAGAAAGGAAGUGGAGGACAUGAAGGAAAUGAGGGAGCAUAAUGAGUGUCUGCUGUACAACAUUCUUCCUGGCCAUGUAGCUCGCCACUUUCUCGAGAGAGACAGGAACAAUGAGGACCUGUUCUCUGAAUCGUAUGAGCGAGUUGGGGUGAUGUUUGCUUCCAUUCCAGACUUUACGGAUUAUUACGAGAAGAAAGAGUUGAUUCAUCAAGAUGUGGAGUGCCUGCGUCUUCUUAAUGAGAUCAUCGCUGACUUUGAUGAGCUACUGGAAGAGCCUUACUUUCAGGACAUAGAGAAAAUCAAAACCAUUGGCAGCUGCUACAUGGCUGCUUCUGGAUUGUCUCCUGAAAAACAGGAAUGUGAAGACGAGUGGGCUCACCUCAGUACGCUGGUUCUGUUCGCUUUGGCCAUGCAAGAAACUUUGAAAGAAAUAAACAAACGUACCUCAAACAACUUCCAGUUGCGUGUCGGUAUUUCUCAUGGGCCUGUAGUCGCCGGGGUGAUUGGCGCCACUAAGCCCCAGUAUGAUAUCUGGGGCAUGACUGUGAAUCUCGCUAGCCGGAUGGACAGCACAGGGCUCAGUGGGCGUAUUCAGGUCCCGGAGGGCACGAGCCGUAUCCUGGCCGACCACGGCUUUGUGCUCCAGCUUAGAGGAGAUAUCUACGUCAAAGGGGUUAGCGAGCAGCGGGGAGGGGUCCGCACAUACUUUGUUAGCAGCAGGGAAAAGAGCUCAAGCUACGGCGAGAGGAUCACCAGCAGAGGGAUCUCUCUCGGGAGGAACACCCUCGCUGCUGUGGUCUUUACCCUGGUGCAGGCCCGCAAGAAAGAGCAGUUACGAGAGGCCAGUGGAGGCUUUCAUCUCAUGGAGAUAACAUGAGUUUUGAUUGAAAACUGGACAGGAACCACAUUCAAUACCUCUUUUAGAGACUCUUUCAUGAGUCAUUGCCUUUAAGUGAUUUUCCAUUUUCUCUGUAUUUUUUUGUAAAUACUAAUAACUUGAAUAACUUACUAAAAGUAAUAACUUUAUUUCGCUUGUAGGAUUUCCUCUGAUUUCCAAAGUCGUGUUACUUUUGUCCUGAAAAUCACUGGGAUUUUUAGGCCUGGUUUCACAGACAAGGCUUAGAUUAAGCCAGGAUUAGGCCUUAGUUCAAUUAGUGCAUUUAAGUAGCUUUUUAAUGUGCUUUAGAAAAAAAAAAAUCUGGUGUGCAUCAUGAGACAAAACAAUGACAUUUUACGUUAUGUCACUACAAGUUUACAGGUUCACUACAAGACUAGGUUUAAGCCUUGUUUGUGAAAUUUCUAACUUUAACCCCAGGGUCAAAAUAGGCAGAGCUGCAAAUUAAAUAUUCCUCAUCUUGGAACAAGACCAAAAUAGUGUACAAAACCUAUAAGGAACUCUGGAUUCAACUUAUUAAACUGAAUUUAAUUAGAGGUCAUAUGCAUAUGCGCUCUGAUGAUCAACUGCCCUGACAGAAUAAAUGUGCAAAUGUGGAGAGUAAAGUAUGGUGGCCCAGUAGUGCACAAUGAAAUUUAAAAAUCAAACAUAAAUUCAUAACACAACACAACUGAAAUGCUCUAGACCACUAGAGGGCUCUCAUAGGCUUAACGGACAUAAAAGCUAUAAAUUCCUGGAUUAUUAUUCAGUGUAUCAGAUUUUCUAUGAAAAGCAUCUAAGCAGAAUAUUUUAACAGUUUGUGAAACUGGUGACAAAAUGACAAUGCCAAAUUUCUUUGUCUCUCUCUCUCUCUCUCUCUCUCUCUCUCUCUCUCUCUCUCUCUCUCUCUCUCUCUCUCUCUCUCUCUCUCUCUCUCUUUCUCUUUCUCUUUCUCUUUCUCUUUCUUUCUCUCUCUUUGGUAGACCUACACUUAAGUAUUUCUGGGACACACUACCACAUGUAGGCCACCAAAGGUUGCAGUGUUUCUAAAUAUUCAACAGCCGUUACAAUUUUGGAAUAUAUAUUAUAUAUAUCUAGGGAUACUUAAUAUAUUGGUGAUUUUUUUUAAUACAUAAUAUCUUCCAAACAUAAUAUCUUCCAAAAAAAAAGUUCAACAUUCUAAUUUGGCCAUUAAUGAAUGCAGAUAAAAACAUUUAAAACAUUAUAAACAUAAUACUAAAUAUACUAGUAUACAUAUUAGUUUUUUGGCCAACAUGAAAAGAAUUCUUUGUAAUCAGCAUAGUUAACAUGUUUAGAUAUUACUGUUUAAAGGUGUAUGUUAUACUAGGACAAUUGUGAACAAUUCUGUGGUAGAAAGAUUUAACUUUUCUUGUUACUUUAAGCUUGGUGCCUUCUAGAAAACAUUAAAUCAUUGUAAAAAAUAAUUGUAAUGUAUCUUUGAACCAUGGUGUUUUCUUGGGGUGACUACAUUGAAAAAACAUUACCUUUUCAUAAAAAGGAUCAAAUAAAUACGUUUUAAAAAUAA